AUGUCUCCACAAGAAGAAGAAUUCAAGAUUCUGACUUCCAGACAGAAAUGUUCUGACCCAGUAGUAUUAGUCGUCGGUCCAGAGAAAGAAGUAUUCGCAAUCUCUCAAGCCCUUCUCGUCGACUCUAUUGAAUACUUCAGGAUCGCCUUUCUCGGUGGUAGUUUUAGAGAGGGUAUAGAAAAGGAAAUGUAUCUGGAAGAAGAGAAACCCGAAGCCAUUAGAUUAUUGGUUGGAUGGCUUCAAAAGUCCAAAGUAACCCUCGACUUCACCAGCCAGACAUUUAGAAGUUUCUGGAAGCUCCGUAUCAGCGCAGACAAAUGGUGUUGUGAACAGCUUGCAAACGAUGUUUCCGACAUCAUCUUAGCUCUCAGAGGAUCGAACAUCCCCUUCGAACACCGAAAUGCAUGGAAACUUUCUGAUGAAGAUAUCUCUGACAUUUGGCAACUCUCGCUACCAAAUUCGUCUUUGAGAAAACUCUGCAUCCAAUGCUUAGCCUGGGAGUUUCGCGAAGAUCUGGAUGACCCAAGGAACGGCAACGUGAUUGGGUCCCUUAUUGUCAACAGACUGCAAUCUAUUGUCGACGUGCCUGGUUACAUCGCCGAAGAUAUCCAAGCCGACUUUGACCUCACCAAGCCUUGCGAUUUCCAACAUAAAUACAGUACCUCUUGGCAUGAGAAAAGAGAUCGGGACCGUUGUGACUUUCACGAUCAUCGUGUUAGUCAAGCAAACUGUGAAGAGGUAAGAUAUUUUGUUGACACAUCUACUGUACUGGAUAUAGCUGGGUUUGUCAUCAGGAAGCCUAAAGUUGAACAGGCUUGGAAUGGUAGGGAAGGCGGUCAUUAA